AACUAACGAACAACCAACAACAUCACCACAGGCGAUUCUAUCUCUGAGUGCACGCAACGCAAACGUAGAUCAUUGAAAUACGAUUAUUGACAAAGAAUAGGCUAGAAACAUUUUUUAUAUAGAAAAGGCUUUUCAUAAAGAUGGCAUCAAAGAAAGAAAAUGAUGUUGCUACUGCAAUUCUGAAGACCAAGUCUCGUCCAAACAGGUUAUUAGUGGAAGAAGCAGCCAAUGAUGACAACUCCGUCGUCUGCCUUUCACAGGCCAAGAUGGAUGAGCUGCAGUUAUUUCGAGGUGAUACAGUCCUGCUGAAGGGCAAAAAGAGGAGAGAUACAGUAUGCAUCGUUCUCUCGGAUGAUACUGUCUCUGAUGAAAAGAUCAGGAUCAAUCGUGUCAUCAGGAACAAUCUCAGAGUUCGUCUCGGUGACAUAGUCAGUGUACAAGGUUGUCCCGAUGUAAAGUAUGGUAAAAGAAUUCAUGUUCUCCCUAUUGAUGACACAGUUGAGGGAAUCACAGGGAACUUGUUUGAGGUGUACUUAAAGCCGUACUUCUUAGAAGCCUACCGACCAGUGCGAAAGGGCGACAUAUUUAUGAUUCGUGGAGGUAUGAGAGCUGUUGAGUUUAAGGUGGUUGAGACAGACCCAAGUCCAUACUGCAUCGUAGCCCCGGAUACUGUUAUUCAUUCGGAUGGAGAAUUCAUUAAGAGAGAGGAGGAAGAAGAGUCGUUGAAUAUGAUUGGAUACGAUGAUAUUGGUGGAGUCCGCAAGCAGCUAGCUCAAAUCAAAGAGAUGGUAGAGCUGCCAUUGCGCCAUCCUCAACUAUUCAAAGCCAUUGGAGUGAAGCCCCCAAGAGGAAUUCUUUUGUAUGGACCGCCUGGUGUUGGCAAGACCUUGAUUGCUAGAGCUGUGGCUAAUGAAACAGGAGCAUUCUUUUUCUUGAUUAAUGGCCCUGAGAUUAUGAGUAAACUUGCUGGAGAUUCAGAGUCUAACCUAAGGAAAGCCUUUGAGGAAGCAGAAAAGAACGCACCGGCAAUUAUCUUCAUAGACGAGUUGGACUCCAUUGCUCCAAAAAGGGAAAAGACACAUGGUGAGGUUGAAAGACGAAUUGUAUCACAGUUGCUGACUUUGAUGGAUGGAUUAAAACAAAGAGCUCAUGUCAUCGUCAUGGCUGCAACAAAUAGACCAAACAGUAUUGAUCCUGCCCUUCGUCGUUUUGGUCGAUUUGAUCGUGAAGUGGACAUUGGAAUCCCAGAUGCUACUGGUCGACUUGAGAUUCUCCGUAUUCAUACCAAGAACAUGAAACUGCAUGAUGACGUUGAUUUGGAACAGGUGGGAAAUGAAACCCAUGGACAUGUCGGAGCUGAUCUUGCAGCUUUGUGCUCAGAGGCUGCCUUGCAGCAGAUCCGUAACAAGAUGGAUCUCAUCGACCUCGAAGAUGAACAAAUCGAUGCUCAAGUCAUGGACUCUCUGGCUGUGACUAUGGAUGAUUUCAGGUUCGCCCUUAGCAAGAGCAGCCCAAGUGCCCUACGUGAAACAGUUGUGGAGGUUCCAACUGUCACCUGGCAAGAUAUCGGUGGUCUGGAUAACGUGAAACGAGAGUUGCAAGAGCUGGUACAAUACCCUGUUGAACAUCCAGACAAGUUCCUCAAAUUCGGAAUGACGCCAAGCAAAGGUGUGCUCUUCUACGGUCCACCCGGUUGCGGUAAAACGCUUCUCGCCAAGGCCAUUGCCAACGAGUGUCAAGCUAACUUCAUUUCAAUCAAGGGGCCUGAGCUUUUGACCAUGUGGUUCGGAGAGUCAGAAGCUAAUGUUAGAGAUGUUUUCGAUAAGGCAAGACAAGCAGCUCCUUGUGUUCUAUUCUUCGAUGAGUUAGACUCAAUUGCUAAGUCUCGUGGUGGCAACCUUGGUGAUGCUGGCGGUGCAUCAGAUCGUGUCAUCAACCAGGUCCUGACAGAAAUGGACGGAAUGGGAAGCAAGAAGAACGUAUUCAUUAUUGGUGCUACUAACAGACCCGACAUCAUCGAUUCAGCCAUCCUUAGGCCCGGUCGUCUAGAUCAACUGAUCUAUAUUCCUUUACCCGAUGAUGCAUCUCGUCUCUCCAUCCUCACGGCUAACCUUCGCAAAUCCCCUGUUGCAAAGGAUGUCAAUCUAGAAUACAUUGCGAAAAUGACGCAUGGAUUCAGUGGUGCUGACUUGACUGAGAUCUGUCAGCGUGCGUGUAAGUUGGCGAUCCGCCAAUGCAUUGAUGCCGAGAUCUCGCGUCAGAGGCAACGAAUGGAAAAUCCUGAUCUUGAUAUGGAAAUGGAAGAUGACGAUGAUGACCCAGUACCAGAGAUCACCCGUGCUCAUUUCGAGGAAGCCAUGAAGUUUGCGCGACGAUCUGUCACGGAUAACGACAUUCGCAAAUAUGAGAUGUUUGCACAAACUUUACAACAGAGCCGAGGAUUUGGUGGUAGCUUCAGGUUCCCAGAUCAAGGAAACCAAUCACAGGGCCCAGGAGCCGGAGCUGGUUCGAACAACCAGGAUGCGUUCCCAGAGGCAGACAAUGAUGAUGAUCUUUACAACUGAAUAAAAAAAAAAAAA